CUCUCCCUCUCGCGCCGUUUCCCUCCCAUUCUCGACCAUUCCACGCUCCUCUUCCUCCUCGAUCGAUCCCACCCAAAAACCCUAACCCUAACCCUAACCCUAACCCUAAUCCUAAUCCUGAUUCUUUGAUCCCCACGUCCAUUGUUGGCGACCCUCUCCGACCUCGAUCGCGCUCGCGAUCCCCACAGGGGGGCGCCCCGGAAGAUGACGACGACGAGGAGGUUCUCGCGGGCCGCGAUCGCCGCCCUCUUACUCUUCUCGCUCGCGAUCGCCGCGCUCUUACCCGUCCCCGCGGGAUCCGCGGUGGCAAGCGUCGACCUCGGCUCGGAGUGGAUGAAGGUGGCGGUGGUGAACCUGAAGCCGGGGCAGAGCCCGAUCUCGAUCGCCAUUAACGAGAUGUCGAAGCGCAAGUCCCCCGCCCUCGUCGCCUUCCACGGCGGCGACCGCCUCGUCGGCGAGGAGGCCGCGGGGAUCGCCGCGCGCUACCCCGACAAGGUCUACUCCCAGAUCCGCGACAUGGUCGGGAAACCCUACAAUUACGCCAAGGCUCUCGCCGAAUCGCUCUACCUCCCCUUCGAUCUCGUCGAGGAUUCGCGUGGAUCGGCCGCGAUCCGGAUCGACGACGGGGUCACGAUCUACACUGCAGAAGAGUUGCUUGCCAUGAUCCUCAAUUACGGGAUGAGCUUGGCUGACUCGCACGCUAGGGUUCCGGUUAAGGACGUUGUGAUCACCGUGCCACCGUAUUUUGGGCAGGCGGAGCGGAGGGCGAUGGUUCAGGCCGCGCAGCUCGCCGGAAUCAAUGUGCUGUCGCUCGUCAACGAGCACGCCGGAGCUGCGUUGCAGUAUGCGAUUGAUAACGACUUCUCGAAUGGGUCUCGCUAUGUUAUAAUUUAUGAUAUGGGUUCUAGUAAUACCUAUGCCGCAUUGGUUUACUUCUCCAUGUACAGUAUAAAGGAGUUUGGGAAAACCGUACCGGUGAACAUGCUUCAGGUUAAGGAUGUCAGAUGGAACUCUAGACUUGGGGGUCAGGACAUGGAAAUGCGUUUGGUGGAGUAUUUCGCAGAUGAGUUUAAUAAGCAAGUAGGAAAUGGAGUUGACGUGAGGAAAUCUCCUAAAGCAAUGGCUAAAUUAAAAAAACAAGUGAAACGAACAAAAGAAAUUCUAAGUGCAAAUACUGCGGCUCCGAUAUCAGUUGAAUCACUGUACAAUGAUGUCGAUUUUAGAAGCACAAUUACACGUGAGAAAUUCGAAGAACUUUGUGGUGAUCUUUGGGAGAAAGCUCUCCUUCCUAUAAAAGAAGUGCUAAAACAUACAGGUCUGAAGAUAGAAGACCUUUACGCAGUAGAGCUGAUAGGUGGAGCCACUCGUGUGCCUAAAUUGCAGGCUAAGCUUCAGGAAUUUCUGGGACGAGAUAGUCUAGACAAGCAUCUAGAUGCUGACGAAGCAAUUGCUCUUGGUGCCUCACUGGUUGCUGCGAAUCUAAGUGAUGGAAUAAAGCUGAACCGUAAGCUAGGACUGGUAGAUGGCUCUCCAUAUGGUUUUGUGCUUGAUAUUGAUGGCCCUGAUUAUGUCAAAGAUGAAACUACCGAUUUAUUGCUUGUGCCACGGUUGAAGAAAAUGCCAAUCAAGAUGUUCAGGUCUAUUAAACACAACAAGGAUUUUGAAGUCUCACUCAGCUACGAUCGUUCGGGUGAAUUGCCUCCAGGAGUUUCUUCAUAUACGUUUGCACAAUAUUCAGUAUCUGGUUUAAGAGAUGCAAGCGAAAAAUAUGCGACUCGCAACCUCUCUGCUCCAAUCAAAGCGAAUCUACAUUUUUCUCUGAGUAGAAGUGGAAUCGUUUCUCUUGAUCGAGCAGAAGCAUUGAUUGAGAUUACUGAGUGGGUCGAAGUUCCCAAAAAGAAUGUCUCUAUAGAAAGCAAUAGCACCAGCAAUCUGAACAUAUCUGCUGAAGCAGGAUCAACAAAUGAUGGUUCAACAGACAAAGCAACUCCGAAUUCUGAGAAUGGUACCGAUCAUGCCAAUUCAACCACAGAUGAGAAUAAUAUUGCAGAGGUUGCAACAGAAAAGGUUCUGAAGAAGAGAACCUUUAGGGUUCCACUGAAGGUGGUGGAAAAAACAGAAGGCCCUGGAGCAGCUCUAGGAAAGGAGUUAUUUUCAGAAGCAAAGAGUAGAUUAGAGGCGCUUGAUAAAAAGGAUGCAGAAAAAAGGAGAACAGCUGAACUCAAAAAUAACCUGGAGGAAUAUAUUUAUUCUACAAGGGAAAAGAUAGAGGAUAACACAGAGAUAGAGAAGGUUUCAACUGAACAGGAGCGUCAAUCUUUUGUGGAUAAACUCAGUGAGGUGCAAGAAUGGUUGUAUAUGGAUGGCGAGGAUGCUCAAGCUACUGAAUUUGAAGAUCGCCUUGAAUCUCUUAAAGCAAUUGGGGAUCCAAUCUUUUUCAGAUUGAGCGAGUCAACUGCUCGGCCAACAGCUUGUGAACGUGCUCGAACAUAUCUCAGUGAGCUUCAGAAGAUUGUAAGUAACUGGGAGGCAAACAAACCAUGGCUUCCCAGAGCAAGAAUAGAUGAGGUUUUAAGUGAAGCAGAGAAGCUGAAGAGUUGGUUGGAAGAGAAAGAAGCUCUACAAAAGAAUACUCCCGCCUUCACCACUCCAGUAUUCACAUCAGAAGAAGUUUAUACGAAGGUUUUCAAGCUACAAGAUAAGGUCGCGAGCGUGAACAGGAUUCCAAAGCCGAAGCCGAAGAUCGAGAAACCUCCAAAGGAGGAAUCAGCGAGCAAAGACAACACGACCGCCGACGAGACCCCUUCAACUGAAACAGAGCCUCCGUCAGAAGAUACAGUCGAUCCCAAGGACACCGCCGAUACACAACCGGAGGAGCCUCAUGACGAGUUGUGAUCUCGCGACGACUUACUGUGGGAAGAACCAUGAAACACACUAAUCAGUUGGACAAACUACAUUCUGGUAAACUCUUCUUCUUCGUCACAAUUCGGCUUUUACCGUCACUUAGAGGAGCAAGAUGCUAAAUUCGACACCCUACAGUUUUGAUUUAGACAAUUAAGUUAUUAUUAUUAGAGGCUGGAGAUUUACUUACUAAGGUCUUAGUCGGAGCAACCGUAACAUCUUUUUGCUGAGUUGCAUUAUUCGAUGAAAAACGGACUAGGGCUUCUUUUCACUAGCCAUGUUAAAUUAGCACAAAUUAUUGUACUAAACCCAUUCAAAAUAGUAAAGAGAAGACACAUCUGAUAGGGCUUAUACAUAUUCUUUCUUUUUUGCUUUUUUUAAUUUUUGUUAUUUCUUUUGGUAA